AUGACCAGUACUAAACCCACGACUCCAAUGACCACUACAACUCCAACAACUACUACAGCUCCAACAACCACUAGUGCUCCAACAACUAGUACAAAUUCUGUAACCACUACAAUUCCUACUACAACAAUAACUAAAGCAGUCAGUCCUUUGAAUCCUUCACCUACAUCAACAGCAGUAACUACAACCACAAAGAAGCCAAUGCAACCAAAACUUCCUCCUCACGAUUUUCCAUGUCCAUUUAAAUAUGGAGCCAUCAUAGCAGGUGGUCCUUCUUAUGUCCAUGCUGCAGCUUAUGAUCCAAAAACCAAGGCUACAUUUCUGUUUAGCUAUCAUGAUGUGUGGAAAUAUGUUGAUGGGAAACUUGCUCGAAACUUCCCAAAAUAUCUGGGGAUUUUCCCACUUGCUGCUAUGAUUGAAGAUGGACAACUAAUGGUUUUAACAACAUCAUAUAUUUACCAUUUGGAUAAGAAUACAAUGCACUGGUCAGCAUAUCCUGUCAGCAUCCGAUCACAAUACCCUGGUGUCCCAUUUUAUUUUCGUGCAGCUGUUUCAUAUGGACAUGGAUAUGUCUACUUUUUCCGAUGGCGAAAGAUCUAUGAACUUGAUAUCUACACAGUUUAUCCAUCCAACACUAUUUCUAUUUUCAAGAUCUUUAUUCUUUUUUCCUUGUAUGUUUCUUUUCUUCAUUUCCACCUAGUCAUAAUUCUUAACUCCAACUUUUCCUCAUCUCUAUCCCCUCCUUUUCAUAUUUUAAUAGCAGUCGACGUUCCGUCCAUUCCUACGGCAGUUCAGCAAUCAUUCACAUCCACGAUUAUUGCCCGCGUGCUAACUGAAAGGCGUGACCUUACCUGGAACACAGCAAUCCAUCAUUUUAUCCCAGGCUUCCAACUUCCAGAUCGAACAAGAACGGAACAAUCAACACUAAGAGAUCUUUUGGGACACAGGACAGGAAUUUGUGGACUUUUUCGUCCACUGCUCUAUGGAUUUCCUCAAGGAAUGAGCCGGAAGGAAUUUGUAAACCAUAUACGCUUCCAGCCAAUUUGCAGUGGAUUCCGUGACCGUUUUCUUUACAACAAUUACAUGUAUGUGCUUGCUGCUCAUUAUGAACCUGUUAUGUGUUUCUUCUUCAAAUUCUUCUUCUUCAAAUUUUUCAUCUUCAUAUUCUUCUUCUCUUCCAAAUUCUUUUUCUUCAAAAUCUUCUUCAAAUUCUUCAUCAAAUUCUUCUUCAAAUUCUUCUUCAAAUUCUUCAAAUUCUUUUUUUAA